AUGCUCUCCCAAGCCCCCCAACCCCCCAAAACAACCUCACCCACCCGCUCCUUCCCCAAAUCCUACCCAACCCUCGACGAAAUCCUCUCAGACUUCAGCGACGACAACGAAGAGCUCGACUUCCUCUCCACCGCGCACGAACUCCACCGGCGCAUAAACCAGGCGCUCGACAGGUGCUCUCGAAUCUCCGCCUCCGCACAAGAAGCUCUCUCCAGCGCUCGCCGCCCGUUCUCCGUCGAGACGACCCUGUUGGAGAGACGCCUGCUGUUGCGAGCCGCUCAGCCCAGGGUGUCCUUCGCGGGAGAUAUACACGAAGAUAAAGAAUCUUAUCGUCUGCGCGAGUGCAAACGCACGGACCUUGUCGCUAGCGCUUGGGGCAAGGAAGUGAAUGAAACCGCGUACGCUCCACGGGGUCGAAGAGCCCGGCUGUCGAGGGCGAAGCUUGAAGCGCAUUAUCCCCUUCCACCGGAUAAGUCUCUGCAUUUUAGGAUUUGGCUUGAGACGUUUCCUGAGGAUCCGAGCUUUCGAGCACCGACUGGGCCUGAGUACCACCACCACCGCUACCACCACCCACCGCAGAAGCACCACCACCCACCGCAGAAGCACCACCACCCACCGCAGAAGCAGCGUACCGACACCACCCUCCCCCUCCCACCCCACCAAAACCAAAACCAAACCCAAACCCAAACCAGAUCUCUCAAACGACAAUCCUUCACCUCAGCCUACGAGGACUGGAUUGUUCGAAGAGAUCCCAAGGGUCCGAGAUUGGGACCGGUGAGGAAGGAGGAGAAUCCGGAGGGGGAGAUGGUAAAAUCUUUGUUUGGGUAG